AUGGCCAGGGAGAGCAUGAGGGCCGCAAAUGCGUCACCAAAGUUUUCCAAUGAACCGGCGCCUCAUCUGUCAACAACUGCCAAAAAGUACGACAACUGGGUGCCGGACAUCAAAGCAUCUGAACAAGCACAGAGAAUGGCAAGAAGUUUCAACCAAGAGCAUCCGACCAGUCGUCCCGUUCACUUCAUAAUACCUAUUAUCUGCAAGAUGAAAGAAAUUGGGUAUAAAAAGGGCAAACUAUUCAAGGACGAAGACAAGAGAUACGUGAAGAAAUUGUCAACAACUGCCAAAAAGUACGACAACUGGGUGCCGGACAUCAAAGCAUCUGAACAAGCACAGAGAAUGGCAAGAAGUUUCAACCAAGAGCAUCCGACCAGUCGUCCCGUUCACUUCAUAAUACCUAUUAUCUGCAAGAUGAAAGAAAUUGGGUAUAAAAAGGGCAAACUAUUCAAGGACGAAGACAAGAGAUACGUGAAGAAAUUGGAAUUGAUUGCCGUGGAACCAUUCUUGGAAGGCGAGUACAAAAAAAUCAACUCGAACAACGGACUAGUCAUGGAAUUUUCUGAAGCGCUUGCAGCGUUUUCCCACUUCACUUUUAUCGCAUCGGGUGGACAGUUUGUCGUUUGCGACUUGCAAGGGGUCCAAAACUACGUUUCGAGUUAA